CAUAUGCAUUUCUGAAUGAAGUCAUGUUCUCUUCAUCUAGCUAGUGUGAAAAUGAUAGAAGCCUGCCUCUCCCCCCCCCCAAUAAAAAACAUCAACUUUUAUGUUUUAAAAGAAAGAUUUUUUUUUUCAAAUACUGUGUGGGGGGGGGUUGAGAAUCACAGAGUUUGUAUGGAGGAGAGAAUGAUAAUUGUUUUCUCUAAGGCUAUUAUUUAAUGUGAAAGCAAAUAGCAGCCUGAAAAUCAGCUAACAGAAGGGGAUUAGAGAGUAGAUCUGAGAGUGGCUUGAUUCCUAGCAGUGCUGUCUCUUCAGACAGUGACGAGAUACAGGCAAAAAAGCCAGAAGCUCUCCAGAUGGCUGGGGAAAGUGUUUGUCUUGGGUUACUGCAGGGCAGUCUGGACCCUUAAAGCAGGCAGACCCGGGAAAGGCUUCAUUAAGGAGCAAGUUACAUGUCCACUAAGUAAAAAAGAGAGAAUGAAAGCAAAAGCAGGCAGACUGCCCAAGAGGGACUGGGCUUGACUAUUGUUAACAUAUACUUGACCCCCUCCCUUUCCUCAUGACACAGAUGUCUCCUACCUCUAUCACCUCCCACUGCUUUAAGACCUCCCCCCUGCACCUGGGUAGCUGAGCCAGGCCAGCUGCUUGCAGUAUGCUGUUUGACUUUAGAGGUGGCUGCUAGCAGAAGGGGGGGGGGGGGGGGGAGAGAGAGAGAGAGAGAGGCGCGCACACACAAACAAACAAACGGCGGAGUCUUUCUGCAGGGCGGAUCUGCACAGACAUUGCAUGGAGCUCUUUCCCCAAGGCAGGCAGACACAAGGGGAGCCUGCAAAUCUAUGCAUCGCCGCCUUCGAGAGAGACAGGCAGGCGCAACGCCGCUGACAGCCGUAGUAUCUACUGCUUGGACUUCAGAUCACAUUUGUCUGCAACAGCCGCGACAAUAAACCACCGCAGAAGACCCGGGCAUUUAAGAAUCGGUCGACUUGAGGACUUCGAUUGCUUUCCCACCCACCGCUCUUUUCGUUGUUGUUGUUAUUAUUACCUAUUGCUUUCUUUUUCCUUACGCAUUGGCAUCACCAAUAAGCUCUCUCGCACUGAUCCUCCUUUUUUAAAUACACACAUUAAACAAACGAAACACAACACAGAAAGCAUAACAGCAGCUGGAGUUUCUCCCCCCCCCCUUUUCUUUUCUUUUCUUUUCUUUCUUUCUUUCUCCGCGUCGUUGGGACUGGCGGGCGUGAAUGUGAACGUGGAUCAUUUGGAGCGUGGGGAGGGGAAAGGCAAGGAAGCGGAGCGGCAUCGCCUUCCCCUCUUCCUCUCGUGUUUCCCCGCCAGGCAGCCAAGGGCUGUCGGAUCUCCGCCAACGAGGACGGGAACUUUUAUUUGCAGCUUUUCAGCCCUGUGGCGAAUGGUGGGAAUCUCCGGUCCUUUUCAGUAUCGCAUUGAGAAGCAUUCCACAAUGCCAGACUCACCUGUGGAUGUGAAGACACAAUCCAGGCUGACGCCUCCAACAAUGCCACCUCCUCCCACUACCCAAGGAGCCCCAAGAACCAGUUCUUUCACGCCCACAACGUUAACCAAUGGCACAAGCCAUUCACCAACGGCACUGAAUGGGGCUCCCUCACCACCCAAUGGCUUUAGUAAUGGGCCCUCCUCAUCGUCCUCAUCCUCUUUGGCCAAUCAGCAAUUACCACCAGCUUGUGGAGCUCGGCAGCUGAGCAAACUGAAGAGAUUUCUUACAACUUUGCAGCAGUUUGGCAAUGACAUUUCACCAGAGAUUGGGGAGAGAGUGCGUACCCUUGUGCUAGGACUUGUGAAUUCUACUCUGACAAUUGAAGAAUUUCAUUCCAAACUGCAAGAAGCUACUAACUUCCCACUGCGACCUUUUGUCAUCCCAUUUUUGAAGGCCAAUCUGCCCCUGCUACAGCGGGAGCUCCUGCACUGUGCAAGGCUGGCCAAGCAGAACCCCGCCCAGUACCUCGCUCAACAUGAGCAGCUGCUUCUGGAUGCCAGCACCACCUCACCUGUUGACUCCUCAGAGCUGCUUCUCGAUGUGAACGAAAACGGGAAGAGGCGAACUCCAGACAGAACCAAAGAAAACGGCUUUGACAGAGAGCCUUUGCACUCAGAGCAUCCAAGCAAGCGGCCCUGCACUAUUAGCCCAGGCCAGCGGUACAGUCCAAAUAAUGGCUUGUCUUACCAGCCCAAUGGUCUGCCUCACCCUACCCCGCCUCCACCUCAGCAUUACCGUUUGGAUGAUAUGGCCAUUGCCCACCACUACAGGGACUCAUACAGACACCCUAACCACAGGGACCUCAGGGACAGAAACAGACCUAUGGGGUUGCAUGGCACGCGUCAAGAAGAAAUGAUUGACCAUAGGCUAACAGACAGAGAAUGGGCAGAAGAAUGGAAACACCUUGACCAUCUUUUAAAUUGCAUCAUGGACAUGGUGGAAAAAACGAGGCGAUCUCUCACUGUGCUACGGCGAUGUCAGGAGGCUGAUCGGGAGGAACUCAAUUACUGGAUACGGCGGUACAGUGAUGCAGAAGAUUUAAAAAAAGGCAGUGGUAGCAAUCAUUCCAGGCAGCAGAGUCCAGUGAAUCCAGAUCCAGUCCCUUUAGAUUCACAUCGGGAAUUCCUUCACAGGCCUGCUUCUGGAUAUGUGCCAGAAGAGAUCUGGAAGAAAGCUGAGGAAGCAGUCAAUGAAGUAAAACGUCAAGCAAUGACUGAAUUGCAGAAGGCAGUGUCAGAGGCAGAACGAAAAGCCCAUGACAUGAUCACUACAGAGAGAGCUAAAAUGGAGCGCACGGUGGCUGAAGCCAAGCGACAGGCUGCAGAAGAUGCACUAGCUGUGAUCAACCAGCAAGAGGAUUCCAGUGAGAGUUGCUGGAAUUGUGGCCGUAAAGCUAGUGAAACUUGCAGUGGUUGCAACACAGCACGAUACUGUGGCUCGUUUUGCCAACAUAAGGACUGGGAGAAACACCAUCACAUCUGUGGACAGACACUUCAAGCCCAGCAGCAAGGAGAGACACCAGCAGUCAGCUCUUCCGCAACACCCAACAGCGGAGCCGGGAGCCCCAUUGAUACACCACCAGCAGCUACUCCUCGGUCAACCACUCCUGGAACCCCAUCCACCAUAGAGACAACUCCUCGCUAAGACUGAACUCAGAACUUCUUAAAAACAAACACAAAUACAAAAAAAAAGAUUCCUCAUCCUCAGAAGCUCAAAUUUUUACUGAACUGACAUAUUUCAAUACUUUAAAAAAAAGAACUUAUAUACUGUAUCUUGAGGUAGACAUAAAAUACAGAAGGCCAGUAACGGGUCAUAAUGACUUCUUCUGGAUAACAAAGAUAUCUUUUCUUUAGGAAUGAAAAGAGCAGAUAAUUUAACACAAAAAAAUGGUAGAUUUGACCUCCUCCCUGUUAUUUUUCAGUAGCUGGGAUUUUAAACUAGAUGACCUCAUUAACAGAUGCUUUACCAAACAGCAAACCAAGAGAUUGCUAAUUGCUGUUGAAAGCAAAAAUGCUAAUAAUAAAAAGUUCUUGUUCUUUAUAACAAUAAUGGAAUUUUUUUAAAACAUGAGAGAGAGAGAGAAAGAAAUAAAGGAAAAAAAAUAAACCCUCAAGGGCAUGAGCAUUGGAUAAAGCAGCAGACAUUUUAAUAAGAAGAUGAAUAGCGUCCGUGGGUUACUGACUGAACUCUGAAGACCUGCAUCGAAACACGCAGAUGUGCAGCAGAUUGGAAAGAGACACAGAUGUUCAUUUUUUUUUCUUGUUUCUGAAUGAAAUAUAAUAAUAUCCAGGUCAACAGAAUGAAAAAUGGAAGAUGAUUUGCAGUGGGAUGUAGGACAUAAAACAGCAGCAAAAAGAAAAAAAAAGAUAUUUUUGCCAUCAUACAAACGGCUCCUCUUCUUUUCUGUUCUUUGUUUGGUUGUGGGUUUUUUUCCUUUCCUUUUAGUACAGAAAUAAGGACAGAGCCUGCAGUUAAUUAGCAUUUUGGCAGCAGCUACAACAACCAGCUGCCUCCCCCCCUCUCAAAAAAAAAAAAGCUAAAAUUUCCUUUACUUUUUUGCAAGGUUCCGUAGAGUAAGACAAUCGGGUCUGUUUCCACCUCAUUCAUUUUUGUAUUGAUGAUGCUGAUAAUACAGUGACUCCAGCUCCAAAACCCUUCCAAAUUCUUUCCAUCCCAUCCUGUCUGGGUUUUUAAUUAAAAAAAAAUGGUUUUAAAAAUGGGGAAAAAAAUCUAGUAGUUCUAUUGGUGUUAAAACACUUCUGUCCUGUGAGGUUUCCCAAUGGUGUUUUUUCUUGUAAAUGUGUUGGACAAAUGUGAAGAUGCAUUGUAGUUAACCAUGCUCACAUUUAGUCUUCUUUAUUACUAGUAGGUGAGAGACCUGUAACUUUCUAUGCUGCUUUUAUAUCUGUAUGUAGUAGUGAUAUUUCUCUAGUAGUUUAAAAAAGAGAAAAAAAUCCCCCCUUUUUUAAUUUGUUUGUCCUCAAGAAAAGAAAAGGGAAAAAAAGCUAUCUUUCGGAGCUGCUAUUUCACUCUGUUAUAGGGGAAAUUUUUUUUUUAAAACUAGCAUGCUUCCCGGAAUGCUAACAUAUUGGUGUUUUUGUAAGAGGGAUGUACAUAAAUGUAUUUUGCACUGUCACAAUGACUCCCUAGGCAUGCUUUUUUUUAAUUAUUGGGCAAACUCUUUUUAAAGAUGCUAGAGCCAUUUCACCGAGUUUAUCUGUAGGAUAGAAUAGUGGUGGGUUACUUUCUUAUUUUCCUUUUUUUGUUUUUUUGGGUUCUGUUUUUGUUUUUGUUUUUGCAAAAUUCACUAAUAGGGAUGUUUUUAUAAAAAUAAUAAAACAGGCUAUCAUAACUUUUUAAGAAAAAAAGCAGUGCAUGAAUAUCACUGUAAGGUUGUUAGGUAUUUCUGAUUUUACAAAAGAGAAAUAAUAAUGAUGAUGAUGAUGAAGAUUAGAGCUCCAUAUGCUGAGGUGUAGAUUGACAGCUUUAACAC